AUUUUAAGAAAUGGAACAAAAGCAAUCAUUUAAAGUUCCCGAAGAGAAUACCCUCCAGAAAGCUAUCAUUGAGAAUAAGAAUCCCAGGAAGCCAAGCAAGGAUCUAGAAGUUGAAAGAGCCAUUUCGGCAACCUAUCAAUGUGAUAAUAAGACCUUUGAUUUCAAAUAAGGAAGCAAUACCCAUCGAUCAGCUUUGAAAAGUGUAUAAUCAAACCUCGUUCCACCAACGAAUUCAAGAAGAGCAUUUGGCCAAGGUGAAUGUGCUGCUUCGUGACCAGAAGCUCAUCUCUGGAGUAAUUCCUGAAAAAUAUGAUAAAUAACGACUAUAUUCUUAAUCUUGACAUUAAUCUUGAAGAAAAACUUCAUGAACAGGAAAUUUAUAAGAAUAUUCUUGAAAGAACGACAAUUGAUUACUUAUGAAUGAGAGAAAAGAUUGCAUAUAUCCACACUUUGGUUAAGCAGUAUGAUGCCAAGAACAAUACUCUUCUGUCACAUUUUACAAAGUACAAGAACCAGAAGGAUGAAGCUAUUUAUCAGAAAGCCGAGCUUGAGAAGGAAGUUGACUCCAAAGCUAUCAAGCGCAAGGAACACAUUAAAUUCCUUGAGUCACAACUCAAGCUUAUUGGUGAGAAGAAACAGCGGGAGAAAGAGGUCAAAAAGACAAAAGAGACUAGCCACAACAAGAAACAAAAUGAUUUGGUCACUGUCAACCAGAAAAUAGACGACCUCACGGAGAAGUUCAACCUCCUUUGACAGAUCCAAAAGAACGAGGAAGAAACCCAGAAGAUCCUAGAGAAGCAGAAGAAAGAGAUUGAUGACGUCUUUGGCACUAAGGAAGAGCGUGAAAAGAAAGAGAUGACAAAUGAAAUAACUUCCCAAGAUUACCAGCUACAUAAGUUCUAUAAUCAAGAUCUUGACAAGAAGAGAAAGCUUAAGCAAAAGUAUGAAGCUGAUCUAGAAGCUGUCCGCAAGAUCCACAUCAAAGAUGUCAAGGAAGCCAGAGCAGUUAACAAGAAUAAAUCCUUUGAGGUCCUCGACUUCAUGAACUCAAACAUCAGGAAUACUCUCAUUGCCACAAGGAACAGUGCCCAACGGUACAAGGAAUUAUUUAUGAAGAAAGAGAAUCUAAUCAAUGAGUCCGUAAAUGGCUUCUCAAAUAUAUAUAACAUUACUGAGAGUGUCAAGGAAUUCCAGCGACAAUCAUUCAAGUUCCCGUAUUACUCUGUUGAGGACUCAGGCUCUAUCUGUAAGAUGUUAAUGGUCGUCUUCCAUCGGAUUGUACACUCUAUUGAGAUCACUGAAGCUCAGCUGAUGUCAUCCAUUGGCAAUUCCUUAGGAAUUAGCAAAAAUGAGAAAGGAAAAAUCACUAAAAAUUAUAAAUAAAGUUGGCGUAUGUGUUGGAGAAAGAAAAAUUAAUAUCUCCUUCCUCAAGAUAUUGCUAGAUUACCAGUUUGAUAAAGACAGGAAGGGACAGGAGAAACUCAGGAAAGGCCCUCUGAACACUGCUAAGACAUCCUUAGCCCUCGAUCAAAUUGGUAUUAACAGCAUUGAAUCCAGCUCAAAUAUGGUUCGAAGAGCUUCAGCCCAAAAAGACUCUUUAAGAACGAUCCAGACUCAGAACCAAGAUACUCUUGGAGAAACCAAUGAUUCCAACACACCCGAGAAUAAAAAGAUCAAGCCAAUACCUUUACCAGAUAAGGACCCGUAUCCUGUCUCUGUUGGACACAACUUCCUUAUAGAGACUUCCUUUGAAGAGCCAGAGGCAAAAUAAAGAAAAGGAGGAGCUAAUAGGGUACAACCAAAAUCUUCAAAAUGGCAUAAUCUCUCAACUGAGAUGAGCCACUCAGGAAUACAAUGAGAAGUACAAACCAACCUUCAGAGAGAUCUUGCGAGAGCGAAGUGGAGCUAUCUCUUCUUUCAAGUCUCCUGAAGGAACUAAAUACCUUGAAGAAGUUCGGCUGCAAACCAAACGAGCCAAGUUCAAAAGGGUCAGGUCAACGAAUUCAAUGAAAACUCAGACGAGAGGGAUGAAAAAGUCGACUAAAUCCAUCUCAAAAAUGGACAUCCUCAAACUUAUGGGUUUAACUUCUAAAAAGAAAUCUGAGAAACCUGGAGAGAAAUUACAGCUAAGGAGUGUCAACAUGGAUUACAUCGACUCAAAUCUUUAUGAAAAUCAUGACGUAAAUCAGUUCCACAAGAAUGGAAUCAGAGAUCAGAAUUUCAUUGAUAUGAUCAAUGACUGUAAAAAGGAUAUCCUUACAUUCAAGCAGAUAAGGUUUUUGCCAAGUACAUUGAUACAUAAGAAGGACAAGACACCCAAACUUCUGCCUUUUGAUGGUGCUCCUUCUUUCAAGACCUUCACCUCACGAAAGAGGAGUAACGGAAAUAUGGGAUCUAAUACAUCCCAGACUGUAGACUCUCUGAUUAAGAAGUAUCGAUCUGGCUCUAAGAUUGAACGUAGGAGGUCUAUCAUGAUUAGUAAGCCAGAGAAGAAGCCUACCGUCAAAAAAGGGACCAAAAAGAACCUCUUGUAGGCUGUAAA